AUGAUAACUUAUACUUACUAGAUUAUUAAGAAGAGACCUAAACUUUAGUUUUUAAAUCCCUAAGUAUAUCUUGAAAUUAGUGAUUCUAGCUAAAAUGAAAAAGUUCUUCUUUUUUUAGAUGAUUUUACAUAGGAAAUAAUAUUGUUAACUCCUGAUCAAUAUUUUAUUUAUGACAUACAAAAAAAUAGCUGGUUAGAAAAAGAUCUGUAAUUUCAAAAAGUACAUGGUGUUUCAGAUAAACUUAAUUUUAAAUUUUAUGAUUAUCAUUAAGAUGAAGAAUAUAACAGUAAAGGAAAAAAAAUUUAAAAAAACUAUAACAUGCCUGAUAAUAACUACGAAGAGUAAAAAAACGUAUAUUUUAUAGAUGAAAGCGAUGAUAGUUAAGAUGAUGAUUUGAAUAUUUAAGAUAUGCUUGAAAAUAUAUUUGAAAAUUCUCACUAAAUAAAAAUUAUUAACUAUAAAUAGAGGAAAUUCUUCAUUUUAAACAUAGAAAAAGGAUUCAUUUAUAAAUUAGAUUUAAGAAAUAUAUAAAAAAAUAACAUAAAUACACUAGAUAAAGUUGAGUGUAUCAUUAAUUUCGAUAUAUCCUCCUAAAACAUUCUAUACAAAGAUAAACAGUUUUUUUAUGCUAUUAAAAUAGAGUAAAAAGACACUGCGGAGCUUGAGAAUUAAAACAAUCUUCAAGGACUUUAGGAUUUAGAAUUAUAAUUAGAAGAAGAACUUAAAAUAUACGAUAUAAUCAUACCUGGAUUUAAUUCAAACGAGUAGUAAUAUUCAACUCCUUUCUAUAAAAAUUCAGUUUUAUGUAAAGAUUUUGCAAUAUUUUAAGUUUAGAAAUUUGCUUGA